ACUGAGUCAUAAUUUUUUCAAAAGUAAUUUGCUUCAUAUGUGUUGGAAAAGUUCAUCCAACGUGAAAAGAAAUGAGAGAAAUCACAGUGACAUGACAAUGAUUAUGAGAAAUAGUAAAGAUGAGUAGAGGAAAAUAAUAAAAAAAAAAAGAGAUACGGCGAAUAGCCGGAUCGUACAGCCUACCUCAAGAUUUUCGAUUGGCUGUCGCCAAAGAGAGUGGGGUAUUACGAGAAUUUGUAGUAGGAGGUAGGGGUUGUUGAAUGAGUAGCGGAACGCUCAGCCUGCCUGACGCACUUGGUCACAUCCACCCCGACGGAUAACCGACAAACCGUACGGCCGCGCGGUUCGAGCCGCGGUUCACCCCGUAUUUAUUCAUAAGAGUGUAUGCCGAGGAAGUGGAGGCGCAAAUCGAACGAACGAACGAACGAUAGAGCGGCGUAUUCCGAAGAGUGUCGCAAAUACGAAAUUAGAAUGGAAACAGUUUCUAGAUUGCUCCUAGUAUUGAUACUUAACACAUUGUGGACAAUGACUGGUUAUGCAGCACCGCUAUACACAAAGGACACUUGGAGUCGAAAUAUUUUUGCACCUGCAAUCAAGACAGCAUGCUCUCCUGACGGACAAUGCUGGGGACAAUGGUUACCAAUAUCGGAAACGUACGACGGCAAUAUCAUUCCAAAAAAAGACAGCGAUACCUCAAGAUUACAACCUCGACGUCGCGUUGCAAAUCCGGCAUCCGAAUUUACGUUGAGAGCUUGGAAGGAUAGUACAUUAGGGGAGCCGGGUCGAGAAAUUCGAGCAUCUUUGCCAACAAAUAAGCAAAUGCCUAUUAAACUCACGAAGAAGGAUGUAUUUGGAUCCCGUAGCUGGGGAGCUGGCGGCAUGCCUUUUUCUGUUUUAUAUAUGCAUGGUCCGCGAUCAAAUCACGUUGUUGCAACAACAAUGACGUCCCAGCGACAAGAAUCGAGUGCGACGACCGAGAGUUCGACAUCGUUCGUAGAACAUCCAAAUUCGCGCAUCAAUUCGCGAAAUGGCCAAUCUACCGUGCAACCAAGAAAACAGUAUUGGACUAUACCACAACUGUUUAUAUCGUAUGGCUGGGGUUCUUUUGGAAAGUAGAAACAAGCGAUGAUGUACAAUAUCGAAGACGAUGAUCGAUCAUCAUACAUGAUAAAAAAUGAGACGUAAAGUGAGAGAGAAAGAGAGACAUCGAUCUUCACGAAACCAGAAUAUAAAUAAUCAACAAACGCAGAACAAUUGUCGAGUUUUAUUGCAGCUGUAAUUAAGUUCUAAUAUUUAAAAUAUUGUAAUUUAUAUCUCUUUGUGCAGUAUUUUGUUUAACAUAUGACGCGUAUUAAAUUUUCUAUUUAAAAUGUAAUGCGUCCACGUGCCAAGUAAACGAUAGCACUCCAAAACUAUAUAGAAAGUAUCAAUGUUACGAUCGAAAGGAAUAUUUUUUGUUCCACGUAUAUAUAUUUAUUGUAAAAGAAUAAAUAACUUGACUCACCA